CAGGCAGAAGCAGACAGACCUGGGUGACGGAUUGACUCGUGUGAAUAUCGCUGUGUCAGACAGUGCCCGGUUUACUAAGCAUUUAGCUAGAUCAGUUCCUGGACAAGGGUGUUUGGAAAGAAUAAACACAGAAGAUGGCGGCGACGUGGUGCUUAAAGUUGCAGAAAAACCAGCUGCUCCUAUAUAAGAAUUCUUUGCAGCUGCUGGUCUUUCAAAGAGGUUUUGCAGAGAAAGGUGACAAGAACUGGUUCCGAUCCCUAUUUGUGCACAAAGUGGAAGCCAGGAAGGAUGCCCAUUCCAACCUACUGUCAAAGAAGGAGACUAGCAACUUGUAUAAAAUUCAGUUUCAUAAUGUGAAGCCAGACUGUCUGGCAGCCUACAACAGCCUGACGGCGGAGGAGCAGACUCGACUCCAUUUCGAUGAGGACUAUCCCUGUGAAGUGAUAGGAAGCUGGAAUACUUGGUACGGAGAGCAAGACCAGGCUGUGCACCUUUGGCGGUACUCUGGGGGUUAUCCAGCCUUGACCGAAUGUCUCAAUAAGCUGAAGAAGAAUAAGGAGUACCUGGAGUUUCGUCAGGAGAGGAGUAAAAUGCUGACCUCACGACGGAACCAGCUCCUCCUCGAGUUCAGUUUCUGGAAUGAGCCGACCCCCAGGAGUGGACCAAACAUCUACGAAAUGCGCACCUACAGGCUAAAGCCAGGGACAAUGCUUGAAUGGGGAAAUCACUGGGCUCGAGGUAUCAAGCAUCGGCAGGAAAACCAGGAGGCGGUGGGCGGCUUCUACUCACAGAUUGGGGACCUGUACGUCGUCCACCAUUUGUGGGCCUAUAAGAGCCUGCAGUCCAGAGAGGAAACUCGGAGCGCUGCCUGGCAGAACGACGGCUGGGACUCUUUGGUGUAUUACACCGUACCACUCAUCCGGAGCAUGGAGUCCAGAAUCAUGAUCCCCACAAAGAACUCCCCUCUACAGUAACCUACAAUGACCAGGAUCUCUGCUUCCGCAAGCCAAGAAUGUUAUAAGUUGUUACACAAGAGAGACAAGUAAAGGGAUCUUGUACAGUCAGUUCUACUCCCCCCCCCCCCCCCCCCUUCU